CACCCACACACACAUCCACCCACACACACAUCCACCCACCCACCCACACAUCCACCCACCCACACACACAUCCACCCACCACCCCGUGUCCCACCCCUCCGCUCUCGACAAAGGGCGAUCGGCCACAGGGAGGGAGCUUCUUCUCCUGCCUCGUGAGCUGUAGCAGCGAAGAAGCAGGGGGGUGGGGGCUGCCGCCAUGCUGGAGGAGGGAGACUUUGACCGCGAGCAGAGCACCGAGUCGAGCCUCCUGGCCUCCGUCAAGGAGCAGGAGGCUCAGUUUAAACGGCUCACCAUGGAGCUGGAGGAGGAGCAGAGACACGUAGCCUCCUAUACCACCACCAACGACAGUGACCUUGCCUCCUACCACUCUGGCCAAGCACCGCACUUCUCUGCCAAUGGCACCGCACUCAGGUCUGGUGGACGCCCGUUCCUGCACGAGGACGCCGCCAUCAUCGCUGGUGGUGGUGGCGGCGGAGGCGGUGGAGGCGCUGACCUCUACUACGUUGGGGCCGGCUCCAACGGCAACGGCUCGGCCCACCUCGCCGCCGUUGGCAGCCGCACCGUGGAUCCACGUCGCGGUGGCGGCGGUGGCGGUGGCGGUGGUGGUGGCGGUGACGGGGACCGGGCCUACUACAGCCUGUCGAGAGGCGCUCAGCGGGACCCUCGCUUCCUCCCAGCGGCACCGCACAUGGACGACUACAGCGACUAUGGCAGGGGAGGGGUGGAUGUUUACUUGAUGGUUGUUGUUGUUGUUUACGUAGUUAUGUCUGAUGUGGUUGAUGUUUACGUGGUGGUGGUGGUGGUUGAUGUAGUUGCUGAUGCUUACACGGUGGUGGUGUUGUUGUUGUUGUUGUUUAGACUAUGGCAGGGGAGGGGUGGAUGUUUACUUGAUGGUUGUUUUAUGGCUGAUGUGUAUGGCAGGGGGGGGGUGGAUGUUUACGUGCGGGCGGCUCCCCCCGGGGGUGCCGGCUUCGGCCCCCCAGGCUACGCCACGCUGGACGAACGGCGCUUGGGAGAGCACCAGAGGCGUUACGCAGCAGCAGGAGCAGGAGCAGGAGGAGGAGGAGGAGGAGGUGGUGGGGACAUGGCGGGCCCAGCCAUGCGCCGGUCAUGUGACGAGCUCAACUCCCUGGGCGACCAAGGCCGCCCGUUCUACCCUCCGCCGGGCCGCUCCGAACACGGCAGCCUGGCCAGCCUCGACCGCCUGGGCUACGCCUCUGGCGGGGGCUACGCCCAGCCGCAGCCCGGGGCGGGCGAGGUGGUGGCCCUGCUGCGGGGCGACGUGGCCUCGGCCGUGAGGGCCAACGCGGCGGCUUACCUGCAGCACGCCUGCUACGAGAACGAGCGCGCCAAGGCCGCCGUGCGGGAGGCCCGCGGAGUGAGGGCCCUCGUGGCUCUGCUGGACGACGUCGACGAAGAGGUGCAGCGCAGUGCGUGUGGGGCCCUGCGGAACAUCAGCUACGGGCGCGACGUCCAGAACAAGCUGGCGGUGAAAGACUCCGACGGGAUCACGGCCCUCAUCGGCCUGCUGCAGCGCACACACAACCCGGCCAUCGUGGACGUGGUCACCGGCACGCUCUGGAACCUGUCGUCCCACGAGCCGCUGAAGAAGGCGCUGGUGGAGCGUGGUCUGGGCGUGCUGGUGGAGCGUGUGGUCGGGCCUGAGAGCGGCUGGCACGCCAGCCCCGGCGCCUCGCAGCCCUCGCCAACCUCGCCCUCCAACGCCUUCCGCAACACCACCGGGUGCCUCAGGAACGUCAGCUCGGCCGGGGCGGACGUGCGGUUGCGCAUGCGUCAGUGCGAGGGGCUGGUGGACUCCCUGCUCCACUUUGUCUGCUCGGCACUUGAGGACCACAACACGGACACCAAGGCUGUAGAGAACAGUGUGUGCAUCCUCCGCAACCUGAGCUGCGACAUUUUCCGCGACGUCCCUGCGGGAGCGGCCGUGGCCCAGGGGGCCUCCUCCUCCUCACCGCGUCGGCGCGGCGCUGAGACUCGCUGCUUCGCCAAGCGGGACAAAGACGCCUGGUUCUCAUCAGGCAACAAGGGGGGUACUGAUGGCGAUGAAGUGGACAUCCCUCCUCGCAAGGAGCCUGUCAGAGGGUGGGAGUUGCUGUACCAGCCCGAAGCACUCCGCCCCUAUGUGUCUCUGCUGAAGCAGUCGAGGAACCCAAUCACGCUGGAGGCGGCCACCAGCGCCAUCUACACCCUCGCUAGCGGUGACGGACAGUGGGCGGAGGUUGCCCGUGCGGUGGUGCGCAAGGAGGAGGGGCUGCCGCGGCUGGUGGAGCAGCUGAGGAGCGAGCGCGAGCGAGUGGUCUGCGCGUCCGCCCACGCUCUGCGUGGACUCGCUCGCGACCCCAAGAACAAGGCUCUCAUAGGGACCCACGGCACCAGGAACCUGGUGCAGAGGCUGCCCGAGGUGUCGCCGGAGGCGGGGGUCGGGGGGGCGCCCCCCCCCCGGUCGUCGGCGAGCGUCCCGCUGGGCCCCGUGGGCGAGGACGGCGUCGCCGCCCUGCUGGGGGCCCUGGCCGAGCUCGCCACGGGCAGCGUGGACAACGCCCGGCACCUUCAGAGCGCCGGGGGCAUCGAGCGGGCGGUCUCCAUCAGCGCAUCCCGGACGUCUACGAGUCGUGAGCUGCGUGCUGCGUCUGCCCUGCUCACAGCGCUGUGGUCUCACCGUGAGAUGCACAGCCGCUACAAGAAAGACGGCUGGACCAAGAUGCACUUCCAGGGCAACGCCGGGAGCAGCGUGGGUACCGUGGGGCGGGGCAAGGCCGGUAACCAUGACGACACCACCCUGCCACUCAUGGGGACCGCUAAGAAGUCUGACGGGCAACCACGUGGCAGCAGAGAGCAGCUGGAGGAGAUCCCCCUGGAGGACUUAGCCCCUGGCCGCAAAUACUGAGGAGUGGCCUCGGUGGGAGGAGAACGCCGGGGUGGAGUGCAGCCCGGAGCGGAUCGAGAGGAGGAGGAGGAGGAGAGGAAGGGGACAUGGGGGACAUGGGGGGACAGGAAGGGGUA